CUCCAUCGCUUUCCUUCCUCCUUGUUUCUCUUCCAUCACCCUCUCUCAAUCAUCGCUUCAGAUAUCGACCCUCUGUUUCUCGAUCGCGACCUCGACGUCCGUUGCGCCAACAUCUUCCGACCUGCUGCCCACGGCUUAGAUCUCGUGAUCCACAUAGGUUGCUCUAUCUUGUUGGUUCUAGCUCACCUGACAAAACAGAUCAGAUUCUCUUUCUUGUAGUUGCCUCCGAUUCUUUCGGUUGUCCUCUCGCAUCACGAUGUGUCCAAUGAUGCUCAAUAGCCUUUCCGACGGCCCUGCUAUGGUCCUGUCCCCUUCCCAGGAACACGCCUUCCUUCAGUUCCCCCGCCAACAUAAGCUGAAUGGUGUCUCCCAGAGCUCAGGCUCGUUUUUCUCAAGUGGCUGCAGCACAUCCUUUGGUGCAAAGCCGACCGCGUCUGGACCUAUGGUUGGGAAGCCCUCGCGCAAACGAUCGCGUGAUGAAGCAGCUUUCGAGGAAGCUAUGAACACCCCCAGCGUACCCUCCAUUCCAGCCCGGGCUCCUCCUGCGCAGAAAGAGGAGCCUGUCUACGGAGAGGGCAUGGUUCUCCUCAAUCCGCGUACCGGGCUGGCUCUCUCCGCAGAUAGUCAAACAGGUACUUGGUACGAAGAAUCAUUGGCGAGCACUGCUGCUGCUCCGACUGUCUCGUCCCACUUUCAAACCGGUCCGUCAAAUACCUGUGGCCGCAAGUCCCAGCGUCUAGAUCCAUCCGCUCCCAGACUCGACGAUAUCGCGCUCUCCUCAAUCCAACGCUUGCAGGACAACGGCAAAGACGACGCCCACCGCCUUCUCAACGCCACAAACCGCUCGCCUGAUGAGCCACUGGUUGAUGACGCGACCCACCUUCUUGGUAUCAGUUGGCAACGUAUCGCGUUUGAUGGAGACGGCGACAUGGCAGCUGCAGUGCGCGGCUGGAAGAAAUAUAUCGACAAACAAUUUUCUGCAUACCUCUUAGACUCGCAGAUUCUCAUGAAGAAUCGAGCUUUAAACGCUUACCUCGUGGCUGCCCGACCUGUCACCCCUUUUGGACCAGCAAAUUCGACCGCUUUUUACCUCUUCAACGAUGAUCUCACUCAAGCCCAGCUUGUAGGAUCCGCCUGGGAAACCUGCAUUCAAAACCUCCGGUCCAAUCCCAUCAUCUUCGAGGGCACUCAAAUCCUGAAUGCUUCGCACCGAUCAGUCAACAACGGAUCCCUUCAGCCUCAGAAUAUCCUCGGCGCAAACCCCGUUGACACCGGCCUCCCUCUCUUGCAAACCCUCUCGGCGCAGCCCGUCAGCAAUGGCGUGAGCGUUGGGAUGAAUGGUAGCGUAGGAAUGGGGACGGGGAUGGACAUCGACGCGUAAACACUCGACACAGGGCGCAGAAGAAAAAAAAAUCUUUUCGUUGUCUUUUGGGGUUCUUCGGCAAAACGUAAUCACCCGGGAUUGGGAUUUUGAU